AUGAGUGCCGCGGGUGUAUUUAUCCGUAUUUCCAACUUCAUUCUCCGUCUCAUUCAGUUCUGCGCCGCAGCGCUCAUCCUAGGAAUAUAUUCCUAUUUCCUCGCCGUCCUCGUCGACCAUGGCAUGGUCAUUCCACGAUGGGUCAAAGCUGUCGAGGGCCUUUCCGGGGCUGCAGCCUUGUACACGUUGCUAGCGUCAUUAUUUACCCUUUGUAUUGGCGGGAUAGCGUUUUUCGCCGCGUUGAUGCUAUUCCUUGAUGUCUGUUUCAUAGCUUCUUUCAUUGCCAUCGCAAUCAUGACGCGAGAUGGCGUGGAUUCCUGUACCGGCAUUGUCCAUACACCUCUUGGUAGCGGAGACUCAAAGAGCCUCGCAGGGCCCGGGACUGGUAAUAUUGACAAACUGACGCACUUUCCAGACUUGGGGUUUGCCUGCAGGUUACAAAAGGGAGCUUUUUCUGUGGCAAUCAUUGGAUGCCUCCUUUUCGCCCUGGGCUUGUACCCCCAAAUCCUCUACGCCCGCCAUCACAAACUUGGCAAGUGGUUUGGCCCUUCACCCGGAAACAACUACACAGAGGGUCUUAGUCGCAAUAGUAAGCGAUCCUUCUGGCGUUCCCGUCGACGCAGUUCAGCACCAUAUUCAGCCGAUCCCGGUACAGUUCCAGCAGCAGAUGCUGCAGCCGAAGCUGGGGACGACAAAUACGAGAAGCCACCACUCUCACGGUAUGCGAUAUUUUUUCAGAGGAUGAAAUCAAGAAGUGUGGCGGGGCCCGAUGGUUCAAAUAUGGAUGGUCAAGCUAAUUCAGGUGCCUACGCCUCUAGCGGUCCGCCUGCUAGUGGUUUUACUAGGGCUAUCGGUAGUAAUACCAGCGGGGUAGGAACGGUUGGUGGCGGUGGGGUGAGCGCAGGGUUCACAAAAUACAGAUAUGGUCAGAGCGGUGUUGCGGAUGGCGGAUAUUCACAUGGCUAUGGGGCUCAACCGCAGCAGGGGUAUGGGACGGUUCAGUUCCCAGUGUCUCCAAGAAACUUCUAA